UCUCAAUCAUAGACUUGUACAUAUUUAUUUAAAAGCUUAAAUACUUACUUUAUGACCAAACUUAAUUUAGUAACUUAUUGCAUAUUAGAGUUUAUCAACUGUUCCGGGAAAUAAAUGUCGGAAUUUUCUUCUAGCAUGCACUGGAAAACAAAAGCUCUACUUUUUGUAAUUCUGGUUGGAAUAACAACAUCAUUACGUUUGCCAUAUUACGAAUCGUCCUGCAACCCAUUCACAGAGUUUCGGUGUGAUUUAAAUUCUUGGAGCGGAACCUUUUGUUUACCUAUCAGUCUAAGAUGUAAUGGGAAGUAUGAAUGUAUGGAUAGGAGUGACGAAUAUGGAUGCAAUGCCCGGGUACGUGAAAUUUCUCAUUGUGGCAGAGAAGAGUUCCGGUGUGAUAAUGACAAAUGUUACCCAGAUUCGUGGAGAUGUGACGGUAUAAUGGACUGCUAUGACAAUACAGACGAACAGAAAUGUCAAGGUACCAGACGCAAAACAGUUGCUACAACUCCAACAACAACAACAACAACAACAACAUCUGCUCCGAAACUUUGUGCCAAAGGAGAUUUUAUGUGUGCUGAUGGUGAGAGAUGUUGUCCUAACACAUGGAGAUGUGACGAUAUCAUCGACUGUAAUGACGGGUCAGAUGAACAUCAUUGCCGAGGUGAGUUAACAACUAAAGCACCAGUAAAACGUAUACAGUGUGCUAGAGGCAUGGUCCCAUGUGAUCAUGGAAAGAAGUGUGUGUAUACAGCAUGGAAAUGUGAUCGUAUUGUAGACUGUUCGGAUGGUUCCGAUGAAAAGGAUUGUCAAGGCCAUGUUCCGAAAACGGACAAAACAAUAGUGAUGUCAUUUGAAGAUCUCCUACAUAGACACAAACAAGAAGCAAGAAACAAACGAUCUGUAGAACUGUCUAAUAGACCUAGGUUAUCUAAUGGCAUUAGAAACAAUGAAACGGAGGACAGCGAACACUGAAAUGAGCAACAAUAGAGACAAUUUAAAUAGUGAAAAUAGAGAUAAAAAGACAAAUAAACAUUUUUUAUAUUCGAUAUAUAGAUUUACCUUAAAACUUUAAAACUAGCAAA